GCAGUGACGCUGCUGUGUUGUGCUGGCAGCUACUGGUUCAUCUGAAGUUUGGGCUUUAGAAAUGAGCGAUUUUUAUAUUAAACCAGGAAAUCAGGAGCGGGGAUGGAACGACCCUCCACAGUUUUCUUACGGUUUGCAGGCAAACGCUGGUGGUCCGAAACGGAACGUUCUUAACAAGCGGGUUCCUCCGCCACAGCUCACAGCUCCAAAUCCUGAAUCUCAGUUGGUUCCUCCUCCAGCUGUAAGUUCAGCUCCCCCUAGUAAACCGGUUCCUCCUCCAGCAGCUGGAUUCACCCCACCUCCCAAGAGUCUCAUCUCUUCAGCUCGAGUCUCAGACUCACAAUCAUGUUCUGUAAAAACCCAACCUGAGCCUUCGGUGCCGGAAAAUGAACCAAACCUUGACGACGUUCAAAAACCUCUAUUUUGGGUGCUGGCUGCAUGUCGGCAAUCUGUAAAGAAGCAGGUUUGCGAUGAUGUGGAGAAGCGGUUAAUGAUUUUUGAAGAGAUGUGGACAAGUGGGAGACUCUCAUUACCAGUCAAAUGUAGAAUGCAUGGACUUUCCCAAGAGCUGAGUAACAAGAAUUGGGACAAAGCAGAUGAGAUCCACCGAGGCCUGAUGGUGGACUAUGUGAACGAAGUGAGCCAGUGGAUGGUAGGAAUCAAGCGUCUUAUUGCAGAGACUCGCAACCUGAGCCCGGAGCUGCUUCAGACAGGAGCGACGGCGCAAAGUGAAGCUUCUGGCGAUCCAGUUCAAUUAGAGUUCAGUCCAGUCCAGUGUGGACUUUCUUCUGAUUGAUUAGUGACACUAUUCUCUGCAACCUCUUUUUACAGCUGCUGUGAUCAAGGGAAGAAGAAUUAGAUUUAAUUCUGCAAUACAGCAUUGUUAUUACUAGUGCAUUCAUACUGUACGACAUGUAUAAUGAUGACUGAUUCUUUACUUUUCUUUAAUGGAGGCAAUACUAGUUUAAACUUUGUGUGAAGUGAGGAUUUGAUGACUUUGAUGACAUUGUUUGUAAUGGAUCUUAAUGGUAACAUCCUACAUUUAUAUUGCAAUUCCCGAUACUGUAAAAAUGACUGUUUACAUUUGUUAAACUUUUUUUUUAAAUCACCAUGUUUACAUUUAAAGUUAUUAUAGUUACCUGUGCAAUGGCUACAUACAGCGUAAUUAAAUAUAUCAAAUUAAUAAAUUCUAAAUGAAAAUGUCCUUAAUCGUAAAUAAAUACACAAAAUAUGUGCAAAUAAAGAAAUACAAUGCUACUUUCUUGUAAACAUAGCUACAAUUUCCUUUCCAUUUGUUUAUUUUUAAUACAUAAAGAUUUCUAAGGGCGGCAAGGUCUGUCGGUGGGUAGCACUGUCGCCUCACAGCAAGAAGGUCCUGGGUUCGAUCCCCAGGUGGGGCGGUCCGGGUCCUUUCUGUGUGGAGUUUGCAUGUUCUUCUCCUGUCUGCGUGGGUUUCCUCCGGGAGCGCCGGUUUCCUCCCACAGUCCAAAGACACAAGUGAGGUGAAUUGGAGAUACAAAAUUGUCCAUGACUGUGUUUGAUAUUAAACUUGUGAACGAGUAACUGUAAUUUCUGUCAUCAAUGUAAGCAAAGUGUGUAAAACAUGAUGUUAAAAUCCUAGUAGUAAUAAAUAAAUACAGUUACAUUUUAUGCAUACACUUUUAUCCAAAGCGACUUACAUUACACAGUCUAAGCAAUUGAUGGUUAAGGGCCUUGCUCAAGGGCCCAACAGUGGCAACCUGGCAGUGGUGAGGUUUGAACCAGCAACCUUCUGCUUACUAGUCCAGUACCUUUAUAUUAUUAUACCGUAUAUUUCUGUAUGUGUUUUUUUCUGAAUAAUGUAGAGGACAUGUUAACAUUUUUGCUAAGGUAUCAUGUCAGAUUUGA